GUUAAUAUACCCUGCCCUCAGCUGUGAUACAACCGUCUACAACUACCUCUUUGUAGAAUACAACGCGUCAGCAUGAGUGCCGCGGACAUUCUGAAACUUGCUCCUUUCGACGCAUCGAAUGCGCGGACUUACGAUGCGCUUUGUCACUGCGGCGCCGUACAGUACAAGGUCACACUGUCGCCGCCGCUAGAGCAACAGAAGAUCACCGAGUGUAACUGCUCGAUCUGUUCGCGCAACGGAUAUCUGCUUGUGUACCCGCAACGCGAGCAUGUACGGAUCACGAGCGGCCAGGAAGCACUCAAGACGUAUACUUUCGGGCCAAAGCGGAAUCUGCAUCAGUUCUGUGGUCGUUGCGGAAGCGCUGUGUUCUUUGACCCGCAAUUGCCGAAGCAGGGUCAGGAUGUUGACAUUAUGGGCAUCAAUAUCCGCAUGUUCAAGGGCAUCCAGGCGAAAGAUUAUCGGACAAUUCAAGUUGAUGGGUGGAAUGGCUGGCCCUUCAUAGAUUCAGAUUAUCUGAAAUGAGCGAUGCAGGUUGUUUCAUGGGUAACAGGUUGCGGAAGGAGUAGACCAUACCCAAGUUGAAGAGUGUUCCAAUAUCGGUGGGAAGAACAAGCUAUCGGAAGAGCAUUAUCUCCGACUCCAGAACAGUGC